AAACGCUAAAAAAGUCAGAUUCGUAACGUUUUAACGUUCUGAAAGUGCCAAUUACACGUUAAAAACGGCGUUUUAUUAGUUGACGUGUUCAGCUCACAGUCGAGGUUCUCGACUGUAUGUUUACACGCGUUUUUCCAAAUUCUUGUCUGCCUGGGUACUCACACUUAGACGCAUAUCCACCCACACUCACACCCAUACCCUUUUUAGAGAAUGAAAGUUUUUUAAGAAAACGAUACAUACCCAAGAUAUUCUUGUUUUCCAAUGUUAUUGUUUGAAAGGAUCUAUUUUUUUCAACUGCCGUGAAACAACACAAAUGUUUUGCUCUUUUUAUACUUGUCAGCAGAAAAUAUGUCGUAAAAAGACAAAAAAAAAAUAGGCCAAUCUUUCUGUCAAGAGAACGUGCAUUCUGAUUGGUGAAACUGACUUUAAAAAAUAUUUUUUCAGCUGCCAGUUUCCUUAGAGAUAUAUUUUUUUUCCUACCGUGCUAGAAAAAGAAAAUACUAGAUGAACCAUAUCUUGCUAAUUGUUUUUUAAAUUAGUUAUUUGUUCAUAAAAGAAGUUCUUGCAUCAAAAAGUAAAGCAGAAUAAAUUACAAACUUCAUAUUUAAUGAAUAUUUUUUUCAAGUUUCAUUAGAUUCAGAGUGAAAUUUGUUUUUAGAAAAACUAAGUUCUGAAUUAUCGAUGAAACUGUUGAUCAAGUUUUAUUAUAAGCUUAAAACGAACAAAAUUGGUGAAAAAAUACUAAAUAUAUAAAACAUUUAUAAGUAUACAAAUUGAUUUCCGUUUUUUUCUUGAUAAGUAUAUUACUUGUGAAAUUGUUUUAUUAUAUGAUUUCGAGAAGAAUAAAGUGUCCUCUAUUUUACAUCAAAGAAAUCUUAAUAGAAAAAAUCAAACUUUGAAAUGUUAAACUCCAAACUGAUUUUUGUCAUCUUUGUAUUUGAAUUUCAUCGAUUAGGAAAGAAAUGUUAUGGUUGACAUGAUAAUUUAGUUGAGUUUGGAAUGCGCGAAAGAAAAAUCAAGAAACUAAAAGUUUCGUUGGUAGAAAAUUUUUUAUUGUAAGAAUGAAGCUUUAUGUCUGAUAAGAGCUGUAAGCCGUGCGACUGAACCACCGCCGCCGACUCAAGAUAUGGGUGUCAUGUUCUCUAUUUACAAUGAAUAAUAUUUCACAUCUCAUAUGAUUUUAUUGUAAGUUCAGUUGCAAUUAUAUUAAAUUAUUAACCGAGAAAAGUGAUAAUUUAUGGAUUGUAAGUAACUCAAUGUUUAUAGUUUAUGAUAAAGAGUGAGAUGUUCUAUUAGAAUGCACUAUUGAUUACCAUUUUUUUAAUUGAUUGAAACUAAAUGUUUGUGUAAAACAAUCACCAUGGACUAAAUUUUAUUUAUCGAAAAUGUGAAUAUAAAUUCUAAACCUAUAUGCUGUCAUUUUGUUAUUUCGUUUCUUUGUAUUACUAUUUCAUUUAAUUUAUUGAAUAAUUUUUUUAAAACUAAAGUUGAAGAUACCAAGCAUUUAUUUAUCCACAUGAUCGUUCAUACUACCUGUAGAAAUAUUACAUCUGCUUGGAAUACAAAAAUUUUGUUUUCUUUGUUAAAUGCAAGUGACUGAAAAAUCAACUAAAUUUUUUCGUUAAUAGUUGCAUAUGGCUGAAUAAAGCUCUACAAGAACAUAUAUGUUGAAGGGUUUUUAAAAUGUUUUCUUUAAUGCAGAGUUUAUAAAAAAACUAGUAUAGAAGAUCGAAAUAAUUAAAGAAAAAAACCAAAUAUGUAAUGUUCUCUGGAAAUAACUUGAGAGUGUGGAUAUGGUUGUAUCCUAAGCACAUCCAAAUCCAAAACAUCAAAUUAGUGAUCUUUCCAGCAAAGGGAAAUAGCUCAAAAGAAUGAGUUUAAUACAUCAACAAAAAGUCUCCAAAAACAUUCGCAUACUCUACACAGAAAAAAGGAAGAAGUUUUUAUGGUAAUGAUGAGUAUAUAAAAAUAUGUCGAAGUAACUCUAGUUACUUAUAGAAAAAAGUUUAAUGGCAAAAUGAAUUAAUAUUUCAAAGUUCUGAUUCAUAAAUGUAGAAUUCUGCAUUUGUUUUUGUUUUGUUCUUACAAUCUCUAAUGAAAUGAUUGAAGAAGAAGAAAUAUAUUUUUAUCGACGAUAAAAUUCGUUAUCGUCUAAUGUUUUAAGAAAUCAGAUUUUUGUAUCUAAAAUUAUUGAAUUUAUGUUUAAAUUCAUACAAGUUUUCAUUUUUUUAACGAAAAAUCUCACGCCAACAUAGUAGAAGGGUGUGCAUCAGAGUAGAUCACCAGAUAUUUAUACUUUAUUCUCAUCAUACUAUAUUUUUAAGUUUGAUAAUAACUAUUAAACAAAAGUAAUUUCAUAAUGAGAUCUGUUAUUGAUUAAAACAUUCAUAAAUUUUUCUUUCAUUUAACUAAUUUACGUAACUUUUUCCUUUUUUUAUCUCUGUUCGAAAAUAUAAUUUGUUGUCUUUUCACUUCCAGAAACAAAAUUCUGUUCUUCAAAUUAUUAAUGACGACGAAAAAUAUUAUAUUAAAAUAAAUAAUAAUAAAAUUUCAUAUCGUAUAGUCAUACAACAAACUAAUUUCAGAUCCAUACCGUUUGUUUCAUCUAAAUUCUUUGUUUUACUAUUUGAUAAUUCUCUCAUUUGAGACGAAAUUGCUUCGAAUUCGAAUGUGUCAACGAUUUACAUUUUCAUCUUUCCACUGUUUGCUUCUGCGUCGAGAAAAUAAAACAAAACAAAUCUUUUUACCAACACAAAAAAAUUUUUGCGUGAAGAGUGUUUGAUCAAAACAAAAAUUUUUGUUAAAAGUAAUCGCUACUAUAAAAGUGUCUUUUGUGAUAUUUUUUAGUUUUUUUUUCGCUACUAGGAAGUAGUAGACACUAACACUUUUUUGAGUAUUUUUUUCUUUGUUUAAGUAAAUACAUUUAAAGUUUGAAAAACAUGGCUAUGCGAAGAAAAAUAAUCUACGUCAUUGAUUGUUUUUUCGCUAAUGCGCAGAAUAAUUUUAUUCUAGAAUAACAAAAUGACGCCAUUUACUGUACUACCUAACGAUUGCUAUAUAAAGAACAGCGAAAGAAGCUCAAAACACAUCAUUUCUUAGUUACAAAUUCAGAAUAUUCAAUAACCAUGUUGAAAUUUUCAACUUUAAUUUUCACUUUUUUAUUCUCGAUUAUAGUCUUAGUGUAAGUGUACAAUAUUAUCUUUGACAUAUACGAUAAUUUUUGUUUCUUUUCUACAUAACAGGAAAACUUCUCAACAGCAACAAUCUCUAAGUAGUUCAUUGACAACUGUUUUUUUAAUGUUUUUAUUAUGUCUUCUUUUUCUUAGAUAGCACAACAAUCGCAACGUGUAAUUUUACUGCAUGUAGUUCUCAACGAAUCCUAUGUUCAGAUAAUCAUGAUUGUGAAUGUUUUUCAUUGACAACAAGCCCAACUGUUGGAAUUUGUGCUUCAGCUGUUUUACCUUAUACUAGUGUUGUACGAUGUAAUGCAGAUAAUAAAACAUGUUCAAUUGAAAAUACAGUCUGUGUCAAUAGUACACGUUGUGGACAACCAGUUUGUUAUCCAUUAGCUUUAGCUAACAAAUUAAUUUGUCCAAAAAACACAACAGUAGCAACAACCACUACAAAGAUAACAAAUACUACAGUAAAGAUAGCAACAACUACAACAAAGAUACCAACAACAACUAUGAAAAAUAUCAGUAGUACUACAAAAUCAACAACAAUAGUCUGUGGCAAUCGUAGUAAACUUCUAACGUUUGAUGAUCUACCAUCUAAUGGACUAAUACCGAAUGGUUAUUAUGGUAUUAAUUGGGAUAAUGAAUGGGUUCAACACAAUGAUUUGCCAAUGAGUGGAUAUGCUACGAGUACUGUUAGUGGAAACAAUACAUCGUAUAACGAAGGUGGAACGCCAAUGACGAUGACAGGUGCCAACGGUACUCUUUUCACUUUAAACUCGGCUGUAAUUGCUGCAGCAUGGAAUGACAAUUUACAGUUAACAGUAGUUGGAUACCGUUCAAAUGCAGUCAUUGCAAAUAAUACUUUUAUACUUCAAGUAUAUACAUUUUCUUCUAUAACAUUCUAUGGAUAUUCAGAAUUAGACUCAGCUGUAUUUUCAACAUCAGGUGGAAUACAAAAUCCAAAUGUUAUCGGUGGUGGUGAACAUUAUGGAAUGGAUAACCUUUGUUUAAGUUUUCCAUGA